CCAGUGGAAGUAAGAGAACCCGUUCUUCCCCUGUCUCUUCUCUCUGGGAGAAAAAAAAGGUUGAAGCAGCCCGUACGGACAUGGAGUCCCCGUCGUCGCCGGCGCCAGCGACGCCACCGGCCACCGGAGAUGAUUGUUUCGCAAUGAAGAAGUGGCAAUUUGAACUGCGGAAACCUUCCCCGGCUAUUCAUUCAGCGCGACAAUGGCGUGUCGUUCAAUCCGCCAAGCCGCAACGGCGCAUGCGUGAUCAUGAUGCUCCAAUUAUGUCAACAGCGCAUCAGUUGCAUGCACAUGAGCCGUCACGCGAUGCUAUGUCGCCCUGUAGUGGAUCCCUAAACAAGAUGAUGUGCACGCAAGAUGUUGAGCAGACUGUCCAGAACUGCGAUUGGAUCAGUACAUUGCCAGAUGACAUUUUAAUCAAAAUUCUUUCCCUGCUGACAGUAAGCGAUGCUGCAAUGACUGACUGUCUUUCCACUAGAUGGAGACACCUCUGGAAAAACGUUGACUGUCUCAUCUUUGACCUCUAUAGUCUCAGGAUGCCAGAGUCAGAAAUCUGUUAUUACCAUCAAAAACCAUGUCUGCGGAAAGCUCAAGUAACAAAGUUUGUUCGCAAAACGAAUGGCCUUUUGCGCAAUCAUUAUGGCAAUAGAAUCAAGGAAUUCACUAUCAGAUUCCCAUUAACCUCAGUCAAUGCUUCUGAGCUGGACCACUGGAUUCGGUUUGCAGCUUCAGCCUCUACAGAAAAACUCUGUCUUGACUUUUAUGACAAGAAUCGCUCAAGUUGCCUUGACAUUUUCCCUGAUGAGCCUUAUAACUUCAUAUUAUCACCAUUUUCAAAUGGGAGAGGUUGCCAGUUGAGCGAGCUAACUCUGUCCAACUGCAGUUUAGGAACAACGCCUGAAAAUCUCAGUGGCUUUGCUUGUCUUCAUUUCCUUAAACUCAGCCGUGUGUCAUUAGCUGAUGCAGCUGUUUCAAAUAUUAAACUCAGCCGUGUGUCAUUAGCUGAUGCAGCUGUUUCAAAUAUUAUUUCCAGUUGCUGUGCUCUCCGAAGCUUGAUUAUAGAGUUCUGCGAUCAAUUGUUUCAUUUGACGAUUACUUGUUCACAAUUGCUGAAUUUGAAUGUUGAAUUCUGCAAUGACUUAAGUAGUGUCUGUAUUCAUGCUGACAAUCUUGAGAAGUUCACGUACAAGGGACACAAUGUAAAUAUCGAGUACAAAUAUGCACCAUUUCUUGAUAUAAUCCGUGUUUAUUUCACGGAGAAGGAUGAAUGCCCUCUAGACUUCAUAAGUGCGCUUCCUAAGCUUCCAAAGUUGGAAACGUUGAUCUUGCAAUGUCCUGCGCCUGUACAAGUAC